AAACCUCAGCAGAGUGUAAAAUCUAACCCUGCCAUGUUUUUUCUGUCACCUAUUCCUCUCUGCUAUGUUGAGACAGUGUUAUGAGCUCAUAAAAAAGCUCACCUCCAAUUCUGCUUUUCUGUUGGAGCUCCAAACAGAUUUGAAGAUAUUUCUCUCUCUGAAAAGGCUUUGCGAACCAGUAAAUUAUAAGAGAUGAGAUAGGAGGCGAGGACAUCCCCCCUCUAACACCGUGCCAGCAGAAAGAGGAGGAGAGACAGUGAGAGCGAAACCCCAUAAUGCACUGCAUGUUGCAGCGCUGAAGUCGUGCAGAUUCAUCAGUUCCUGUUCGAGGAGCUGUGUGCGGAGGCACACACACACACCCAUACAGCCAGACCGGGAGGUAAAACACAGACAAGCAGGCAGAGAGAAGUGCCUUCAUUUGCUGACCCUGUGGCCGUUUGGCUCCACUGAAGCCGCCUGUGCCUCUGUGCCAGCUCAUGACUGUGGGAGCUGCCAGCUACACCAGAGGCAUCAAGACUGCCGUGACUGCCAGCCGCGUCCACUGAGGAUGUCUUCACACCACUGACACCUCCCUCGUCCCCCCCCCCUGAAUUCGGCUCUGUGUGUCUGCCAGACCUCUCCAUCUAUGCCACUCAGCCCUCUGCUGCGGAGGCCAAAUACUUCCUCCUUCUCUAAAGACAAAGGCUGAUACUGAAGACAAACAGUUUUUAUCAGCUCCUGUGAGCAGAAGGAAAUUGUCUUACUGCUGUCCUCUCAUCUGGUCUCCUGCUACUUCUCUUCCUUUUCCCCUCUUCCCCCAGCUUUUUGUUUUGUCAUCAUGGGCCAGCGUAAUCAAUAAUCUUUUUUGCUAUUUGUUUCAUCUGACAACUCAGUUGAGGAUCAAGAAAACCGGCGUGCUUCUUGAAAGAGAGAUAACAGGGUUUGCAUCUGUGACCCUUACUAGUUCAUGUCCUGAGUAAAAGGUGCCGAGGUCUCUUUUUUUUUUAGCCACAGACUGACUCCUAUGAGGAACCACUGGUGCUAAGUGAAUCAAAGGCGUCACAGGCUUCAUUCAGAUCAAACGUCGGGAGCAAAACCACUCAAGUUUAGUUUUUUCUCAUGUCCUUUAUCUACUUUUUGCCAUCAUUUCCCUCUGCGUUGCUAAAACCAUAUCGACAAAGAAAUAGCUCCUUUUGCUGGAUAACUUUUCCUAAUAAGCGAUCCCUGCUGUCGGGUUCGAAAUGGCAGUGAAUGUGACACCGAUUCGGGACACAAAGUGGCUGACACUAGAAGUCUGUCGGGAAUUCCAGAGAGGAACUUGUUCACGUCCAGACAACGAGUGCAAGUUUGCCCACCCUGCCAAGAGCUGUCAGGUGGAAAAUGGCAGAGUCAUUGCUUGCUUUGACUCACUCAAGGGCCGCUGUUCUAGGGAGAACUGUAAGUACCUGCAUCCUCCACCUCACCUAAAGACACAGUUGGAGAUCAAUGGCAGGAAUAACCUCAUCCAGCAGAAAAACAUGGCCAUGCUGGCCCAGCAGAUGCAACUUGCCAAUGCCAUGAUACCCGGUACCCAAAUACAGCCAGUGCACAUGUUUUCAGUCACACCCAGCCUUGCAACCAAUGCCAAUGCUGCUGCAGCAGCUGCUGCUGCUUUUAAUCCCUACCUUGGCCCCGUGUCACCUGGUCUAAUGCCUGCUGACAUCCUACCCAGCGCACCUGUACUGGUCACCAGCAACCCCAACGUCCCCGUGCCUGCUGCUGCCGCCGCUGCACAGAAACUCAUGAGGACAGACAGACUGGAGGUGUGUCGGGAAUACCAGAGGGGUAACUGCACACGUGGCGAGAACGACUGUCGCUUUGCCCACCCAGCAGAUAGCACUAUGAUUGACACCAACGACAAUACAGUCACUGUGUGUAUGGACUACAUAAAGGGCCGCUGCUCGAGGGAGAAGUGCAAGUACUUUCACCCUCCGGCUCACCUGCAGGCCAAAAUCAAAGCCGCCCAACAUCAAGUCAACCAAGCUGCAGCUGCUGCAGCCAUGACUCAGUCGGCUGUCAAAUCUCUGAAGCGACCCCUCGACGCAACCUUUGACCUGGGGCUCCCUCCCGUCUUGCCUCCUUUACCAAAGAGACCCGCACUUGAAAAAGCCAACGGUGCCACCACUAUGUUCAAUGCUGGAGUAUUCCAGUACCAACAGGCCCUGGCCAACAUGCAGUUUCAACAACAGGCUGCUUUUAUACCAUCAGGCUCGAUAUUGUGCAUGACACCUGCAACAAGUGUUGUACCCAUGAUGCACGGUGCUUCUCAAGCCACUGUGUCUGCAGCCACAACAUCUGCCACAAGUGUUCCCUUUGCAACAGCAACAGCCAAUCAGAUUCCAAUAAUAUCUGCAGACCAUCUGACUAGUCACAAGUAUGUGACCCAGAUGUAGGAGUCUCACUCAGAACAAUGAAACUGGAGUGUGCUGGUGUCCAGUCCAAGAUCUGCAGUCCCCUUCAUGGCCCUAACGUCAAGAGAGGAACAGAAGCCAAACCAAAAGUGGUUUGGGAGAAAACUGCAUGUUAACAUAGAAGGCACAGUUUGUUAGUAGUGUUUUCCCAUGUAGUUAUUGCACAGUAAGACAAAAAGAAAAAAGAAUACAUUACAUUUAAGACUGCCUUUCAUUUUGCAGAGGCAACUAACCUUUAUUCACCAGACACAUUUUGAAUGUUAUCAUUAACUAAAAUGUGUGGAGCCGAUCACAAGUGACUGAAUCGGUAUGUCUCUUGACCAAGAAUCACUUGUUUUUUGUUUAUUGGUUAAUGGUCUUAAAACUGAAUGACUUCAUCUGUUUACACAAGCGUGCACCUUCAAAAGAAGUAAACGUAAAACGACGUUCUGACUGAACCAUGUGCAUGCACGACUAUUAGUUUCUAGAUUUGCUUUGAAUUAAACAGAAAUAAGGGAAUCUACGUUGAGUGCACUCGGAGGCAAAAUAGCAACUGAAUGUCUGUGCGCGGUGUCCUUCAAACCUUUGUAGCCUACCUUUCUAUCUCUGAAGCACAUGUGUCUGUACAGUGCCAUACAUCUCAGUUAUACAUGAAUGAUAUUCCAACUGUGCAACCAAUUGUUUAAUCCAACAAUUCCCUUUAAUAUGCCCUUUUUUUAAUAUAUAGACAGCAUGCUGUGUCCAUUGUCAUUAGCUGUGAUUCCUAAUAGCAGCAGAUGACUAAUUUCUCAAAUUCUGUGACUGACCCUAUGGCGUGUAGACUUCUGUUUUUGGUUUUGUUGCUGAUGUCAGUUGUUUAAACAUGUAAUGACUGGAAGUUGAUCUCUAGGCCUUUGUCAGAGACCAAAAGACUCUCCAUGAUGACGAUCUUGUGAUAAUUAGCUGUCUAAUCUGCUGUGAGAAGGCUGUUAUAAAGUUGCAAAAGAACAAGUGACUAAAAAAAAGGAUUUGUGUGGCAAAUAAUUGUUUUUACAGUCUUCUGGUUUUGCAUUUAUGCUAAGGGAAGAUGUCAAACCCAGAUUCAGCGAGUGUACAUAUAUCUAUAUAAAUAAUCAAAUGAAUUUGAAAUUAUUUGUUCUAAUAACUGAGAUGUGUUUUUUAGAUAGUCAGCCAAAGUUUAUUUGUAUUUUGUUUUUUUUUGUGUGUGUGUGUUGAUCACCAUAAUUAGUCGGUAUGGUUAGGCUAGAGGGGCUACGUUUAAAAAAAAAAAACUGCCCAAAGAAAAAGUUCAGGUGUUUGUUUAUGUUGUGUUAGUGUUUUAUUUAGGUAAAAUUAAUCGGCGGAUAGUACAGGGAAAGUGAUAAAAAUAUUUAACGAUUGUAAAACUCAUCCAAAGCCUUAGAAUGUACCAUCAAGUCAGCACAAUGCAACAUGCCAUUUUAACCCAUCCAGUUGCCUAAUGCACACCACAAUAACACACACAGAGCACUAUGGAAUUGUCACUUUUUUGGUCUGUGUUUUCUUUAUGAUCUUGUACUUUUUAAUUCUUCUUUCUUAGACAAGGAGUGUAUUUUUUUUUCUCGUUCUGUUUGGAAAAUAUUUUUCUGGUUUUUAGUUUUGCUUAUUCUAUUUAACUCUCUAAUAAUGAAUACAGUAUAAGGUACAGUGUGUGUUUGUGUGUUGAUCAUGCACAGAUUCCAUGAAAUGUUCAUUUUAGUAUGAUUACGAUUUUAAAGUCGAUAUUUUCUAAGUUAUGCAUAUUGUUCAACUGUAUGCAUUUUGUUCAUUUCUUGAGUCUUUGUGUGUUCUUUGAACAAAGAUGUUUUAUAUGAGUAUCUAACAGUUACAAAAUAAUAGAACAGGAGGACUAAGUUGUCACUUUGGCAACCAUUGCCAAUACCUGAGUAAUAUUUUAACGAUUGUAAGGUUUGUAAUUAGUCCUAUAACGGGAAAAAAUUAUUAUGAAAAAUGUAGAUCUUAGAUGUUUAGAGUAAAAAUAUUAUUUUCUACUGUAUCCAUUUCAAAUAGUAACUAUUGUUUUAAUAUUUCUACUCUCCCUGGAAAUUGGGCCAUGUUGGAAAUCAAGCUGCAUAUUUAAUCACUUUUAUGGGCGUGUGCCGGUGGGGUCGAGGUGAAGGUGGUGAUGGGACGCCGAGUCUCUGCACUCGGCUCUCACUUUACCAACUGCAACAGCACGGGUGGGGUGGGGAAUACUGAGGCUCUAAAGGUGAUAAAGGUUGACUUUUUUGCACUUCUGUACAUAGUCAAAAAAGAGAGAAUCGUGUAUAUUGAGAUCUUAUUUUGAAUAAAAAAAAGAGAAAUAAUGUCUAUAAUGACAAGGAAUUUUGCUAGGAUAAUAAUAAUAAAAAAGGCUGAACAAAAUUGCUUGCAUUAAAAGGGCACUGAGAUCUCACUCUCGUACCCCUUUCAGGAAAGGCCAAGUGUUGCUCUUCUUUUUUGUCAGCAGCUUGUAGUUUGCCAGGUAACCUUCCGGAAGGAGGCGCCCACUGCCCUCCAGCAUAAGAGAGCCUGACUGGGUUUGUCUGGUCCCUUAACCUGUGGAAAGGUUUAUAUGGCGCGACCACGCCCACCCAGGUCCAACCAAUCACAACUUGUCCUGUCUCGACCUUGCUCAAAGAGGAAUGCAUGUUAAAGAAAACCAUAUUUUAAAAAAAAUCACAACAGUAAUACUGAAUAAGAGAACACUUACACAGAAAGAUGUAUUUACAGUAUACAAUAUUCUAUCAGUGUAAUGGAAUAAAUAUAUUUAAAAGAUACAUAAAUAGAAUAGUGGUUUUAAAAAUAAGUACAAAUUCCAGACUAUACUAACUAAAGUUUAACUUCUUGGGGAGUUCAAACACAUGCAACACAAACACCAUAGCUAUAAGUAUGUUCUUUAUGUUUAUGUAAGCUGUGCCUCUAGUAGAUGAAAGUGACUUCAAGGGAAUGUAGUUCAGCACCAGGCAGAACUUAAAAAGACUGAAACACCCUUCUCUGGUUUUUAUCUUUUAAUGUGUCGGUCUAAAGUUUUGAGGAAUUCGGUCAUUUCACAUCUACAAGCAUGCACACUUGCAUCUAUGAGAAAAUGUAAACUUUUUUCUUUUUUUUGGUUUAUUUUGUUUUGGAUUUAUUUUCUAUGCUUUUAGUGCUGAGAUGAUGUGUUCUGUCUUCUACUGCAGUUUGUUUCUUGCUAGUUUUACUGUUCCAGGCCCCCUGAAAGGAUGUAUCAUGUUUGCAUGGCCUGUCUGGAAAGCACCUGUAGAGACUGAUUUCCAUUGACUGCAACAUUCUAAAGCCAUAAAAUAUAAUCGUCUGACUGAAACGUGGGGAGGAAAGACAAAUGGGUGGUGCACGGUACCAUUCAGAUCAUGAAGGGUACUUAGCAUGAGGUGCUGUCCAGAUUAUGAUGUUUGUGUGUACUUAGGAGAAAGCCCAAUCAUUUUUUCAUGGGGCCUGCAUUGCUAACUUUGAUUCUUGCUGUUAUGAAUAAAAAAAACAAAUAAAAAUUUAUAAAUGAAAGGAAAAA